CUUAAUUACUAACAAUGUUUUGUAAAUUCAGAAAACUUUCCCGCAAAUACAAUUAAGAUACAUCGAUCAUUUAUAUUUCAUUUUACCAUUAGUCGAAAAAACUUAUGGAGCGAGUACGAGUCGAUUGGGAUUCCUUAAAGGAGAAAGAGGAACUUAAAAUCAUGCACAAACAUGCUAAUAGCGGGAGACGCUACACAUUCAUUACAAUGAUAAUAAUGUACACGAUGAUAUUUUUGCAUACGUUAAUAUUUUUUUCGACACACAUUUUUAACACCCUGAUACCGUUGAACAAGUCGCGCACAAAUCGCGAACAUUUAUGGCACUUACCGAACAUGAUGGAACACUUUAUUGAUCGAGAGAAGUACAUUUAUUUAUUAAUAGUUUAUCUGUUGCUGAUAGGCUUCAUAGGUGCUACCGUAUUGCUAGUUGUCGAUUCGCUUUGUAUUAUGUAUAUACAACAUAUAACCGCACUGUUUCAAAUCACCAGUUACCGAAUUGAACGCAUUGUAAGUAAAAGUCGGAUGAAAUCAUUAGGCUUUUCAAAAAAGUCUGAUACUUAUGAAAACAUCGCAAAAACCAUCGAUAGUCAUCAAAGAGCUGUCGAAUUUCUCAAUUCUAUGCAGUCUAUGUAUGAAAUUGUCUACAUGUUCCUAAUUCCUAUAAGCGUGGUAACGUUAAGCAUUAAUCUAUAUCAGUUUUAUGAGCACAUUAUAUCAGGUACUGAAGGGAUUGUCAUAUGGCUCGGGUACAUUGCUUGUCAUUUUAGCACCAUGUUUUUGCACAAUUAUUUCGGUCAACAAAUAAUAGAUUACAGCAAUAAUAUAUUUAAAAAAUUAUGCAGCAUUCAAUGGUACAUGACUCCAUUAUAUACGCAAAAAUGUCUUUUAUUUAUGAUGCGCAGAAAUAUGAAAAGUUCCAAAAUAAUGAUUAGCUCUGUGUUCACGGCAUCUUUAGAAGGCUUUGCUACGGUAAAACACGAGUAAAUGCAACACGCGACGAACGAUCGACCUCGUUUUGAUCGUUUUAAUCUACGAGAGGGGAGAAUUUUGUUGCAAAUCGUGAACAAGCUCCUUUGAUAUCGUGUUACUACGUUCUUAUCUAAACUACAAACGUAAUGUCUCUAUUCUACGAGAAGCUCCAAGCUAGAAGCACUAUCGGUGUAGCUUGCAAAUACGAAGAACGCUUGCAACUCGUCGUGCACAAAUCUCUCCUGAUAUGUCGAGACAGAAAUUAGCACGUCUCGCAUCGUAUUUCAAUUGUCGACUAAUGGUAUAGCUAUUUUCCAAUAGCAUGUUCGAUUCAUUAAUAUUCGGUUCGAGCAUUAAUUAUAUUCAA